CCUACAUUUUGUGACAGUAAAGAUGGAGACAUAGUCAGUGCGAACUUGAGAACAGAAGGAUCAAAAUGGAUAUUACUCGUAGUGAAAUUGGAAUUUGGUUAGGAAUUGUUUUUAUUGUGACAAUGACCGUGCCCUCUGAAAGUGGUGAGGUAAAAGGGUGUCCUAGCCAUGUACAAGGCCUGUUUUUCCUGAAGACAUUCAAAAAAAUGUGUUACAUGUUCGUGAAUAAAGAGAAACACUGGGAUGAAGCUCGAUCCCACUGCUGGCGAGAUGGCGGUGAGAUGGUGGCAAUCAAAGACAAGGAAACCAUGGACUUUAUUAAAGAAACACUGAACUCACGAGAGCUUGGCUGGACGUCUAAUGGAGUCUGGAACGGAGCCAGUGACCUCCGCAACAGAGGCUGGGAAUGGACAACAGGUGAGCCCUUGAGUGGAGGAUAUGAGUACUGGGCGCCAGGGGAGCCAAGCAAGGUGUUUCAGAUAUUCUCCUUUGAGAAUUGUUGCUGUAUGCGCCGCAGUGAGGGCUGGCUCUGGCACGACUACCACUGUCACCUUGAUCUCCAGACAUACAACUUCAUCUGUCAGUUCCCCCUGCAGGAGGAGACAAGCGUGGGAGAGCAGCUGGUCAUUACAGGCGCCCCCAUGGUCAAUUAUGUCGAUAACAAAGUGACGAUUAUAGGACUGAUUAUUGCUGGCUGUCUCAUUCUGCUGAUAAUGGGCUCAAUCAUAUACUGUCUACAUAGAAAACAUGAGCACCAAAAGCGACGUUACAACCAACAUAUUGUCCAGUACCAGGCAUCCAGCCCUCCCCAGAGAGGCAUUGCCACCAUUAUACAGGGCCCUCCUCGUCCUGGCCCAGAGAAUCCAAACCCCAUCCACACACACCUCACCAAUGGGAAUGGGGUAUCGCCUGUGCGACCGGUCAGCAAUAUUUACCUGGAGCCUUCAGAAGUGGCCGGACCAAGUGCUCCCCAGUCUCCUCCAGUGUAUGAUGAAGUGGGAAAAAUAAGAACUGCUGUGGUCAGCCAUGUAACUGAUGGUGGUGGGUCUCAGAUAGGGGACCAGAGUGCCCCGGAUGUGCGGGAUGAAACUUCACCAUUGUUGAGUAUUGGCGGGGCGGCGUCUGCUGGUGACUUAGCAGGUGAAGCGGGGGCCAGUGUGGGUAACGGUGUUUACCAUAGAGAAAAUGAUGAGUAUGUGGACAUGCGCUCAACAGGCAGUAGAGAUAGUGGUUUGGCGAGCCUCAACAUGGGCACGCGGGCUAGCGAGGAGAAUCUUAAGGGGAGUGGGGCUACGGGGAGUGCACACGAGCCACGUAUGGAGAAUAUUUACACUUCCCCAAUGACUGUUAGUGACUAUGUGAAACAAAAUGGAAAAAGUGUUCAUGGAAAUAAUUCCAAUGGUUUACAGCAAGUUGUUCCGGAAAAGAGAACUAAGGAGCCUGAAAUUCAUAUUUACUGUAACAGUCUAGAUGUGUUGACAAAUGAUUGUCAGAUGGGUCGGCCUUUACCGCCUGUGCCAGCAAAACACUAAGCUGACUAAUAUCUUUUUGUGUUUCAACUUUUAUUAAAAAUGAUUAUUUUGUUUCUUCGGACAUGGUGUUGCUGUGAAUGACUUGAACAGUGAACUAACCAAAUGCUUUUUUAAACAUAUUAAUGAUUAUAGCUGUAGACAUUAUAUAGUUUUUCUUCUCGGGCAUCUAUGGUGCCCUUGGAGCUAAAUUUUAGGGAAAAAUGUUGCAUGUAGUAACAGCAAAUUUAGAGGUUAGACAAAUAAAGGGUAGGGUUUUUAGUCAGGUUUUAAAAAGGGCAGGGUGCUAAGGGCACAUUGUAUGAGGCUCUGAAGAACUGAAAUAUUUUUAACUUUAAUUCAAGUAUUUUUUUAAAUUUCCAAAUGCAAAUAUGGAAAUGUUUAAUUUUUUAAACAUGAAUUACAUUUUUAAACCAAACUUCAGAAUUACUUGCUAAUCUUAAUGAAGGCAAAAGGGAACAGUAUAGCAACCUUUUAAAACCCUAUAUUUGAGGGCUUUAGGAGUAAUUGAGGGCCGUACUUAGUGUAUGUAUCAUGCAAUAUGAUAGUACCUAAGAUGAGAAAUAAUGUUGUGAUAUGUUGUUUAAUCAGUAUAUGGUUAAUUGUAUUUUAAAUAAAUAUAAAUCAGAUAAAAGUGAAAGUAACGUAACAUGUUCUAGACGCAUAGUAUUCAGUGUUUUUUAAGAAAUCUUUUAAGGAUGCUUUAAACUGUACAUAUAUUAAAAAUUCUUUAUUUUAAAAAUUUAUGAUCUUAUGUGUUACCUUGUACUGCAAAUUUUACAUCUCAUUAGCAAAUAUUUUAAUUGUUAAGGACAUGUAUGAACUUUUUUUAUGCCCCAAAAGUUGGGCAUAUUGAAAUCGCACUGUCCAUCUGUCUGUCUGUUGUGUUUAGUGUGUCUGGACUUUAACUUUGUCAUGCAGUAAUGAAUUUUAACAUCACUUGGCACAUAUGUUCAGUUCAUAAAGGUGAUGUGUCGCGCUGUACAUAAAAGCGAUGUUGGCUUUCAAGACCCAUGUCUGUACCUCAAAGGUCAAUGUCACAAUUACAAGUUUAUCAUUAUGGAAUGCUGCAAAUAUGCACAUGUGUUUAGGACAUUAAAGCAAUGUAUCGGAUGUAAGACCCACUUCACCUACCUUAAGCUUCAAGGUCACACUUUGAGUUUAAUCAUUGGAAUGCUGGUUAUAUGUAUAUAGAUAGAGUCUUCGUGUCAGGGCUGUACAGUUGUAAUGCACAGAGGGUUUUUAACAUCUUGACCCACUGUCCUUCCUCAAAGUGCAAGGUCACGCGAAAAGAUUAAUCAUUAUAGAAUUCUGCAUGUUUGCAGAAAGAGUAUAGUUGAGUAUGUCCGGGCUGUAACUUUGUCAUGCAUUGAAGGAUUUUGAAAUUACUUAGCACAUGAUUGUGUUCGAUACAUUGAUAUUACGUGUUGGGUGAAAGACACACAUCCGAACCUCUUACUCCUUCACGACCUACACUUGAGGCCAAUCAUCGUGGGUUCUGGCAUAUGCUUAUAGUUUAUUCUUCCUGAAUGUAGGCAUAUUAGCAAUUUCAUAAUCCAUUGAACAGGAUGGCACUUCGGGGGCUUUCAUCACUUACUGUGACAGCAUUUGUUUUAGAAUAUUAUAUAAAAAAUGAUAUGGUACAUAAUUAUAUUAAAAUUUAUUGAAUAUUGUUUGUAUGAUGACAAAACUAUGACAAGACUCUGAGAAAAUGGCUUAAUUAUUACGAAAAUUAUUAAGUUGGUAUACUUGGGUACAGGGCACAACUAUAAUAUCAAUUUCUUUUUGAAUAUUUGUUCACAUAUCCAAAGUUAAAGGUAGCAAUAAGUAUGAUUUAUCGUUGAACAAGUGGGUCAAAAUAAAAUAAUAUAAAAAUAAUAUAUAGUUCAAAAGAUUUUUUUGAUUUAUUAAAUUGUAAAUCCUUCUCAUCUCGUGGAGUUAAGUUGAUUAUUACUUAUGUAAUCACAUAUAUGGUUAGAUUAGGCAGACAUUCUUGUUGAAUGUGUUUAUUUUGCACUUAACAUAAUUUGCGGACUCUUCAGAUGUCAAUGCCCUUUUGUGUUGCAUGCUUAUUUUUCUGUACUAAAGAAGACUGUAUAAUGGCAAUUGAAUUUCCUUGUUUAAUGAGGUUCUAGAAGUCUGCUGGAUUUGAUAAUUUCUUCUCCCUCAGUUAAACACAAAUCUUCGUAAAAAAAUAGAAAAUUAUUUUGUGUUAAUAUGAAUGAUGUACAGAAUUUAAGAAGAUUUAGUUUUUAAACUGUGGAUGUGAACUUCAAUUAUAUAGUUCAUCCUCGCUGACAUUUGUCUCAAUAUAUUCUGCUCAGUUUGUGCCUUGCAUAUAUGAAUAUGAUGACAUUUACAGCGUUUGGUACUGGUAUUGUAUCAUUAUAACAUUAAACAGGUUUUCCGCUGUUAUUGUUAUUACCUUAUUGUUUUGGCUGGAUCCAAGUUGAACCGAUAUAUUUAUGACAUGGAGUUGGCCAGUAAAUUAAAUUAGGUUAAUAAUAAGAAGUAUUCUGGUAACUAAAAAUAUGAGUAUUAGAAACUUUAAGUGCCAUUCAUUGACCUCCUAGCAAUAGCAUUCAGGCAGUUAUUUUUCAUGAAAACAACAACAAUUUUGAGUUGUUCUAGUCCUUCACCAAGUAUUCUAUAUAUAUAUAAUAUAAUAUAUGGGAAAACAGUAAUCAGAUUGUGUGUACAUUCAGAUUGUGAAUGAACUCAAUCCACUUUGUCUUUGAAACUGUUAUUGUUAUAUGCAUCAAUCAUUCAUAGAGUGAAAACUACAGGGGCAAGUCCAGUAGUCAAUAAUUCAAAUAUAAACCCUGUUUAGGGGCAAUGAUCCAAAUGACACUUUAUGUGAGACACAAAUGCCACCUUAUUUUCAUCAUGUUUGAUUUUAUUUCAGGUUUUUGUAGAGCUGGAUGAAUUACUUGCCAAAUUCCUGAAAAAAACCCAGUUCAAAUAUAUUUUUGGUAUAGGUUAUCAGAAGAGCGAUGUUGAUACAAUCAGCCAAGUUCUCAGUUAUUAAGAAUCAUUUCUGUUGUAUUUGUUAUUUGACUUGAUAAUAUAAAAAAAUAAUAUGAACACAUUGUUGUUUUUUAAAAAAUUUAUGUCUAAAUUUUAUAAUUCUAGAAUGUUUGUGAAUGUUUGCCAUCUACUGAUAGUAUUAUUGUUAAGAUAAAUUAUGUGUCAUAUGGUUCUACUGUAGUAAAUCAAAGUUUCUGCAAAUAUUCCAUGGUUAGUUUUAAAUAUGUAUAGAAACUUUAUACUUUUUCAUGUACAUGUGUAAGCUGCAUUAUAUAAACAGCAUGUUGAAUAUUGUUGAUUUUUGACAUUACCAAAUAGCUGUUUGAAAUAAAAUAGUCAUAACAAUU